CACCAGUGGAAUGUCACGAAUGUGGUAAACAAGUUUCUGCAGUUAAUAAAAGGGAUUGGAUUACACUCUUUUCUGAAUGAACCAUGAAAAGCAAAAUAUAAUCAAACAACACAUCGUCAAUUGGGGUUUAAAAGGUUAACAAAUGGCAGCUGAAGAGGUUACAAGAGUUGUUCACCGAUGUGAGCAGGCAAAUGAAGAUGGAAAACUAGACCUGUCGCGCUGUCUGCUGACAUCUUUCCCUGAUGCCGUUUUCCAUCUGACAAGGCAAGCAACUGUCGAGUCUUGUGACUUAUCACAUAACGAGCUGAAGAAACUGACCCUUAAAUUUGCCAAGAAAUUUACUCUUCUAACAGUUCUUGACCUGUCUGCCAACAAACUUGAAAGUCUUCCAGAGAACCUGGACCAACUGACUUCUCUCCGCAAACUUGAUGCAUCUAAUAACUGCUUGAGAGUUUUUCCUGUAUCAGUUGUUUCAAAUCUACCAAAGAUAGAGGAACUAAAUCUACAAAAUAACAGAAUUUCAGAUGUGGACAGCCAGUCCUUAGUCUCAGCUUCUGGGAACUCCCUCGUUGACAUUAAUCUGGAGAUGAACCCUUUAUCUACUGAAACGAGAAUCAUCCUUCAAAAUGUUUCGGAUGUCAAUAUCAAAAUAAGUGAACCAGACGAUGAUUACAACAGCUUGGACUGAUGAUCUGUCAAGCCAGCCAACCUCUACAUCUCACCCCCUCCACCAACCAACUAAUCAGCAGAUGAGUUAUUGAAAAGAACUUUAUUGAGCUCGACAUCCAUGUUUGGUCUGUCAAGCCAGCCAACCUCCACCCCUCCCCCUUACCUGAUUUAACAGCAGUAGAUCUAUAGACCCUUGAAUAUGAAGUCUCACUCUUAAAAAGCGCCCUCACUGAGGCUAAAGGAGACAAAUCGUUGGAUGGUAUCUAUUCUUUGUGCGCAAAAACAUGCGUGUAACCUCAGCGUCUCUGUAGUGUUUGCAUUACGUUAGAGGUUUAGCGAUAACAACCCUCAUGGGAUGCAAACAUUUACGCAGUCAGUUUCCUUUCUGGUUUAUGAUAAGACAACUUGUCCAAGGAACCUUAAAAGUACUCAUACUUUUUAAUAAAAAACAUCAAUCAGACAUUAUACUAGAUUUUGGGGGUUGAACAAAGAAUUGACUAGAGUGGG